GCAGGGGAGCCGUUGAUAUCUUAGCGGGCCUGCCCACAAUCUCUCUGCAUAAUCUUUUUCUCUAUAUAUUUUAUCUUUCGCCUCUCAGGAACUCAUCAUUCGAUUAUACUCUGCCAUCUCCUAUCUGUAGGAGAUUUUAAUGGCGGAUUAUUGGUUCAUAAGAAUUUCUACAGGCUAUAAUGGUCUGUUAGUCCCAACAUUUCUGCUCAAUUUCAUCUCUGUUUUAGAAGAUUUGAACAAAGCGAUUUGGUGGGUUCUUUCUCGAGUUGGAUUCUUGGAGCCCGGAAGCUCUAGUGUGUCAGAACAAUCCUCUCAGAUUUCGGUUGUGUGCGGAGACAUCAUCAGAGAAAGAUUGCCACUGCUGACGUUUGGAAAAUUUGCAGAGAGGUUUAGUGAGAUCGAGGAGGAAGUUGUGUGCGCUGUUUGUUUGAACUCGUUUGAGAAAGAUGAUGAAAUAAGAGAGCUCUGUAAUUGCAGUCAUGUGUUUCAUGGGAAUUGUUUGGACAAAUGGAUUGAUCAGCGUCAAGACACAUGCCCUCUUUGCAGAUGUUCUCUUCUUCCACAAAGGCAGAUUUUGGAUGUACAACCAGCAACUUUCUGGGUGGUCGAUCAGAUCUCCUAUCUCUUCGCAGAGGAUUUAAUGGUUUCUGCGUAGAAAAAGAAACAAACAUAUUUCUACUUGUAUAUAUAUGUAAUUGGAUCUGAUGAUCCCAAAAUAGAGAGUUUGAGAAGUCAAUAAUAAUAAUUAGCUGUGGGUUUCCUCGUAAUGGUAUUUCUGUUGAGAAAUUGAAGGCAUAAGAAGACUGAAAUGUAGAAAAAAGUUUUUUACGCUAGUUUAUGUUUGCUAAGCAUUUGUCUGUGCUUUAGAAUGGCCAGUUCAUGGAUUGUCAAUACGUCAUCACGUCAUUAAAGAGUGCGUCCAAAGUGGGUAAUGAUAAUAACAUGCCAUCAUUUUCAAUAUGAAGACGUGAUUUCUAGAACAUACAAGUGGAAGUGCAGUUACUGACGAAAAUGGAUUAAUUAUUUCACUUGAGGCAAUUCUUUA